AGUGUAGCCAUUUGAUACUGGAAAUCUGUCAAACAGAGUGAAUGAAACAAGUUCCUCGCCAGGCAGUUUGCAAGGAGAAGGGAAAGGAACACGGGAUGACACACGAACGUCAGAGCGACUUUACCAAAAUGUCUACGGCUAAGGUUAAAAUGCGCGAGAAGAAGAUGAGAAAUCAGCCUGCCAGUGUGCAAUAUCCAUCCGCUAACGCGGAUGACAGCACACAGAACGGAGGAGACACCCCUGCCACCGGUGGACCGUCAGAUGUGCAUCAAACCACAGAGAGGCUAAAGAAACCUUCCCACCAGAGCGGAUGGGUGCGUGGACAUCAGAGAGAUGGUGGAGGCUACGCCAAGGAGAUGCCCAAGUGCAUCACUGCUGGAGGCUUUGCCAGAGCCAGAGCGGCAGAGGUGAGCGCCAUGUUGAAAGCCGUCACCAAGACGACGGGCAGCAGCCACGUAUUUGGAGCUCUGCCCAAACACAUGAGGAGACGGGCCAUGAGCCACAACACCAAGCGACUCCCUCGCCGACUGAGAGACAUGGCCACCAGAAUGAGGGAGAAAAGCCUCCAAGCCGGCUCGAAGAAGAAGAAGGAAACCCCAAAGAACAAAAGCAGAAAAGCUCGGCGGCGCCACGGAAACCUGCUGCUCGAGUUCAACCGCCGGCAGAGGAAGAACAUUUGGCUGGAGACGCACAUUUGGCACGCCAAGCGCUUCCACAUGGUGAAAAAGUGGGGCUACUGCCUCGGGGACAGACCCACAUACAAAUGCUACCGGCCCUGCUACAGAGCAAUGAGCAGCCACUGCCUUCUACAGGACCUUUCGUAUUACUGCUGCAUAGAGCUACAGGGAGAGGAGGACAAGCUGCUUGCUGCUUUGUCACAGCUGACCAACAAGGAGGCCGGUCCAACGUUUGCAGCAGCACUGUGUCUGUCAGGCUGCAGACAGGGCAGUGUUACAGUGUACAGAGCAGGACGGUUCCCCUUAGAGGCCCUGGGCCCCGUCACCUUCCUCUGGAGACCCCGCACACAGGGCUCCACUCACAGACAACUGUGGAUCUGGGCUCAUCCCACACUUAAACAGGAACUUCUCCCUGAAUUACAGACUGUGUGCCAGUGCUGUGAGGCUGUGUUGCCUCCUGUGGUGCCAGAGGUGACUCCCGCAGAGGCUAAUCCCUCCACAGAAGCACAGCUGAUGCCAGAAAUCCCCCCUGAGACCAAACCAACACCGGGAGCCAAGAGAAAGCGGAGCUGUAAGGAUACCAGUGGACCUCCUGCAAAGAAGAUCCUGGGAGACGGAACGAGACUACCUACCACUCCGGUUACCUGGAAGUCCACCUCAACCGGAAUACUUAUAAACGAUCUCACGAUGGAGAUUAUACGGUAUCGUCUAAUCGGACCACAGUCCCAUUCUGUGCUGGCAGAAACUCUCGAAGCUGCCACAGGCUGCGAUGAUGUGGAUGCGUCUCAGUCCUCCUCCCUGUGGUGGCCUCAGCACUGCAAAGACGAGGCCAAGAUGAAUAUACAUCAGCAACAAGCCGCUGUCUUUCAAACACUGAAAGAAAUCUACUCCACCGGAGAGCUCCCCUCGGGCACCGUGCUGGGUCUGACUGUAGAUGACCCCCGACUGACUUUACCGACAAAGAAGGUUAAAGCGUUGCCCUCUGUAAAGCAGGAACAAGAGGAAGAAGAGGAGAAAAGGAGGACGCUGAUGUUGCGAGGAGUGCCAGAUCACUGCUGCCAGAGUUUUUUGUGGGAGCGGUCUGUACGCGACAACGUUACUGAUAACAAGAUAUCCGAGCAGGACUUGAACCGUAUGAGGAGUGAAACGCUGGUGCCGGGAUCCAGACUGAGCUCCACUCCGCCUCAGGGCCGAGUCCCCAUCCUGCUGGUUCACCAGCCUGGGAAGCAGGUGGGACAUGAGAUGAGCACCUGGGGAGCUGGAUGGGACCUGCUGCUCCCUAAAGGCUGGGGCAUGGCCUUCUGGGUCCCACUGGUGUACAGAGGAGUCCGCAUAGGCGGGCUGAACAUGAGCCUGAAGCACUCUCAAAAUAAAGCAGCUCCCCACUUUCCCAACGACUAUCCGGACUGCCCGGCGGGCGUUCGUUUUCAGGAGGAGCAGGAGGCCGAACUUCUGGACAAGUUUAAAAGGCGUCCGCCGGCCAAAAGGACCAAUUACAUCAAACAUGGCUGUCUGGCUCCUUUCCGUUGCCCGUGGCAACAGCUGGCAGAGGAGUGGGAGCUCACGACGAGGGAAGCGGGGGAGGAGGAGGAGGGGGGAGGAGACGGCCAGGGACGGACCACAGCGCAGCCUGCCGCGGUGACGGAGGAGGAGAUGACAUCACGGCGAGAUGUCGCCACAACUCGGCCUCGGAGCCACUUCACUGUCCUGAGGAGCAGGAAGCCUUUGAGGAUGCUCUCCGCUUGGUGCAGACCCACGACGUCCAAAGGUCAGAGGGCGUGCCGCGUCGGGGAGGUUCCGCCCCUCAGCCGUUCAUCCGCGGUGUCGUUUGUCGCAGCCCAUGGGAUGAGUCUGGUGUGGGUGCGUCUGUCGCUGCUGUCGAAGGGCAAACCGGAGUUUCAUGCUAUGCUGUGUGUGCCAACUGCAGAGGACUUGAAGCUGCUGAGCAAAGAGCAAGGGAGUAGUGGCCCGCAGGAGCCCCCGCACAGGGACAACUUAAAAAGCAGAGUGAAACGCCGGAAGAAGAGCCCCAAGAAAGCUGCCGUGUCCUCUUUUGAAAAGCCUGAAGACAAAGAGUCCUCUGCUUCUGCUUGUAGCCCGGACCUCAAAGUGUCCUCCUCAGAUCAGAUUUUGGGUCUGUGGCCCGACCCACUUCCGAACGUCAUCUCUCACUGCUCCCGGGUCACUCUAGGCUGGGUCACUCAGGGCGACUUCUCCCUGUCUGCCGGCUGCGGGGAGGCCCUGGGGUUCGUCAGCGUCGUCGGCCUCCUCAACACCCUCCUCAACCAGCCGGCGGAGCACAGAGGAAAGCUGCUCCUCCGCAACCCGGCCUCUCUGCACUACCGCUUCGCUAAGAUCAACAUAGAAGUCUGACUGCAGCGCCGUAUCCCGUGCAGACCUUGAACUCCGAGAGCAUUCAAUUACGAGGUUAACUGCGAAGUGGCCAAUUAAACACCUUGAUGCUUCGUUCAUUCAGAGAUCACGCAUGAGCCGUGCGACUUAGCGGAAGAUUUAAUUUCAAGGCACCUGGUGACAUUGUUGAAAAGUGAAAUUUUUUGUUCUGGAAAGACACAUCCUCACUGUUUCAUUUCAUUUUAUUUUUUUAAAUACAGUGGCUUGUAUUUCUUUUUAUGUUAAUGCCUUUGUCUGAAGGAAUCUCCACAGAGGGAUCGAAUCAAUACUCUGGAUGAAUGCAAGUCUUUAUCAGCUGAUUUUCCAAGAGGAACUCAUUUAAAUAUUUUUAUUUUUGCAUCCCUCUAUACGCAUACUUACUGAUAUUGUAAUUAUUUAAGUACAUGGCAUGACAAAGUUGCUGGAUUUGAGAAGUAUAAGUUAAUAAAAUACCUUGUAGGGUACUUGACUGUUAAAUGUGACAAGCUCUUAGCGCUCCUAAAAGUUUAACCCGAAGUGCUCGUUAUCACCUGGCUCGUUUGAAGUAAACGCAUUCAACAGCUGA